AUGUCUAGCAGAAGGUCGAGGCAGUCUGGAACUCCAACGAUCAAAGACGACCAAAUCAUUGAACUUGUCUCCAAAUUACGCCAACUGGUUCCUGAGAUUCGUGAUAGGCGCUCCGACAAGGUAUCAGCAUCUAAGGUCCUACAAGAGACUUGCAGCUACAUCAGAAACUUACACAGGGAGGUUGACGACCUAAGUGAGCGGCUCUCCCAACUGCUCUCGACAAUUGAUGCUGAUAGCCCGGAGGCCGCCAUAAUUAGGAGCUUGAUUACGCAGUAG